AUGGUUGCGCUGGGAGAAACUAUUGCAGUCAUCGACAAGUCUGGGAAAGUGGUCAGCUCAAGUAAACAUAUAUUCGGCGUAUUCAAGGAAGCAAGAUCCGCCUACCGAUCUCGAAAAGCAGAAAUCCAUACCGAAAACCGUGCCAAACAGGCCGAACGAGAAGCUCGACAGGCUAUCGCAAACCUUGAACUAUCUGACGGUCGAUCAAGUGCAUCAAGACGCCACCCAACUCGCUCGAAGUCUGUAGUUCGACACAGUACACAUGCUAGCCAUUACCAUGAUGAACCCCGUCGAUCAUACGAGCAUGACUCUCGCUCUGUUGCGUCGUCACGCCAUUCUAGGCCCGCCAACACGGCCAUGACACGCCGCCAUACAUCAGGUGACCUUGCUUUCGCCAAACCACCGCACCUCAAAUCUAGCAGCCGUACACACUCUGAACCUCACAUUGACAUGAAUUUAGCUUAUGGCGAAUUUCACCCUGCCAGCCUCGAGAAGUUGAACCGUGCUCCUGAUAAGGAGUUGGAUGGUCUCGUGGGCAAAGUCAAGAGCCUCCUUAUCGAGGCCGACUGCGCGCAUCAUUCUGCUUCGGCUACCAUGGCUCAUUUGCAGAAGAACCCGGAUGCCAUGGCCGCUAUCGCUCUUACUCUCGCGGAAAUAAGCACUCUGGCCAAAAAAUUAGCCCCUACAGCACUAAUUGCGCUCCGAAACAGUGCUCCGGCCGUCUUUGCACUUCUGUCAAGUCCCCAAUUCAUGAUCGCUGCUGGCGUUGGACUUGGUGUGACGAUAGUGAUGUUUGGAGGCUAUAAAAUUGUUAAGCAGAUCACAGCUGCAAACCAAGCCAACGCCGCCGCCAACAGCCAAGCUGAUAUGGACCAAAUGCUGGAGAUCAAUACCAACCUCAGUGCCAUUGAAUCGUGGCGGCGAGGUGUGGCAGACUCAGAGGCAGAAAGCUGUGGUACGUCCGUUGAUGGGGAAUUCAUCACGCCUACUGCGGCAGCUAUGUCGGGACUGCAUCUUCCACGACGUGUUACGGAAUUGCGGGAACCUACCGUUGUUCACGAUGCGGCAUCUAGCUAUUCCCGACAUUCCAGGUCGUCUAGAUCCUCCCGACGAUCAACGUCUUCAAGACACGAUAGCGAAAGCAGCAGGAAGAAGCACAAAGAGAAGAAGCCAACUUCCCAGCUCAAACUCCUUUUUAAGAGGCUAUGA